AUGCAUGAAUAUACAACAGUAUCAAGUCUUGUUAUUUUAAUAGCAAAAUCCAGAGUUAAUCAAGGCUAUUGAUGGUAUUCCAAUCCCCGACAUCACUCUUUCUUCACUCUCACAACAAUCUUCUAGAGUCAAUAAAUUUCUGAAAAAAGAGGAAUCUUUAAUAUCAGAUAAUAUGAUUUAAUAUUUAAAAUAGACAAGGAAGAUAGAUAAAGAAUAAAGAGAUACUUAAUAAAUAUAAAAUUUAUUUUUGAAAUCAUUAAGUCCAUUUUAAAAUAAAGAAAAUACAAAUUAGAAUAAAAUAUUAAAGAAUCUAAAUAUAACAAAUUUAUAAUAAAACAACCUAGAAUUAAUAAAAUUAGUUGAAUCAUAAAAACAAGAAAUUUAAUUAAAAAUUUCUAUUAUUAACGACUUAUAGUAAUAAAUUGAAUAAUUAACAAUUGAAUUAUAAGAGAAAAAGGCUGAGUUAUAAUCAAAUACAGAAAUUCUUUAGUAAUUAAAUACUAUAAAUACUUAAUAACAAUAAAUAAUUGAAAAUAUCCCUUUUGAAAAUUUUUAUAAAUAAAAGUUAAAUUAACUAUCAAAUCAUUAAGAAGGUGAUUAAAUUAUUUAAUUAUAUUCAUAAAUAAAAAAUCUAGAAUCUGAAAUCAAUAAAACAAGAACAACGUUUUCCUUUUUUUCUCCUAAAAAUGAGACUUUAGAAUAUAAAGAUUUACUGAUAAAAAAUAGAACAUUCUAUCCUGAAUUGUUAAGUGAAUAGGAAACAGUAUCAACCUUAUUUAAUUUACUGAAUAGGAUUUCUAAAAGUUAAAGAAUGAUAUCAUUAUUACAAAAGAAUGUUGACUUUAUUAAAUUAAUUAAAUUUAAGCCUUUAUAAUAAAGCUAAAAUAGAAUUUCACAUGUAAAUAAUAUUAAGUCUUAAGAAAGAAAUUCAUCAUAAAAUGUAGAAAAAUUAGGAAAAUUAUUGAAACCUUUAUAAAAAAAAUUUAAUUGA